CUUACAAGACACUUCUUCAAACCUAAUACUACCACAUACAUAAAAAAUUGUGUUUAGAUCAGAAAUGGGGUUCCAAACUCCUCUAAAGCUCCCAGUCAUUGAUUUCAGUAAGCCAGACCUAAAACCAGGCAGCAAUGAGUGGGAUUUGGUGAAAGGGCAAGUCCAGCAAGCUCUUCAAGAGUACGGUUGCUUCGAGGCUUUGUUCGACAAGAUCCCUCUCCAGCUUCGAGAGGCAAUAUUCGGAUCCUUGCAAGAGCUUUUCGAUCUCCCUUUACAAGCCAAAAUUCGGAAUGUUUCCAAUAAGCCUUAUCAUGGUUACGUCGGCCAAUACCCUCAAGUCCCAUUAUAUGAAAGCAUGGGCGUUGAUGAUGCAAACAUUACUGAAAAAGUUGAAGCCCUGACUACUACCUUAUGGCCUCAAGGGAAUUCAAGUUUCAGCAACACUAUACAAUCUUUCUCAGAACAAUUGUCGGAGUUAGAUCAAAUUGUUAGAAGAAUGAUAUUGGAGAGUUUUGAUCUUGAAAAAUAUAUGGAUGAACACAUGGGUUCAACCAACUACCUGCUCAGGGUAAUGAAAUAUAAAGGGCCAAAAACCACUGAAACAAAGCUUGGAUUACACAGUCACACCGACAAAAACAUUGUGACAAUAUUGUACCAAAAUGAGGUUGAUGGAUUGGAGGUUCUGAGCAAAGAAGGAGAAUGGAUCAAUGUGAAACCCUCCAAACAAUCUUUCACUGUUAUGAUCGGGGAAUCUCUCUAUGCAUGGUUAAAUGGUCGAGUGCACGCUCCUUAUCAUCGUGUCAUGAUGACCGGGGACAAGGCAAGGUACUCCGCCGGACUGUUUUCGGUCCCGAAAGCAGGUUACAUAAUAAAGGCACCAGAUGAGCUAGUGGAUGAAGCACACCCUUUGCUCUUUAAGCCCUUCGAUCACGUUGAAUUCUUGGGGUUCUACUACACGGAGGCUGGUCAAAAAGCUGAAUCUGCUCUUAAAGUUUUUUGUGGUGUCUAGUGUUUGAUUUCUCUUUACAAUAGUUUCUUACGUGUUUAAUGUCGAAUGAUCAACCCCUUGUUAAAUAAACAAACUGUGGGAUGAAAUAAGGGUUAAUCUAGCUUGUUCCUGUUUCUAAA